AGGGAGGUGACGUUUGCUUCCGGGAUUGGAAAUGAAAUAAAAAGCAAGUAUGGAGUUUUUCCCCAACUUGUUUCCACGCUUCUCCGGCACGUCUAAGGAUUGUUCUGCACAGCUUGAAGCCAAACAGCUACCAAGAUGUCAGAGAAGAAAAUGUCAUCCAGUCGCAAACAUCACCUGAAGAGUGUGAUGCUAGCCAUCGCCAAAGGUAUCCUGGAGGAGGAGGCGCGGGAGCGUGAUGAGGAGCGGGGGAGGUACAUGGCUCAGAGCUGCCCCCCUCUGGAUCUGCCCACUGGCAUGCAUGAGCUGCAGGAGUUUUGCCGGGAGAUCCACCAGAAGAUUGACGUUAUCGAUGAGGAGCGCUAUGACCUGGAGGUCAAGGUCAACAAAUCCAACAAGGAGAUCGAAGACCUGAAGAUCAAAGUUCAGGACCUGAUGGGCAAGUUCAAGAAGCCCACGCUGAAGAAGGUUCGCAUGUCUGCGGACGCCAUGUUGAAAGCUCUGCUGGGCUCCAAGCACACUGUCAACUUGGACCUGAGGGCCAACCUCAAACAGGUCAAGAAGGAGGUCAAAGAGGAGGACAAGGAGCUGCGGGACGUCGGCGACUGGCGCAAAAACAUCGAGGACAAAUCAGGAAUGGACGGCAGGAAGAAGAUGUUUGAGACCGAGGCUUGAAGAACGUCUGGAUAUCCCCCCCCCCCCCCCCCCCCCCCAGCUGGCAUUUCAUCAUCCGAUAUAUUGGACAGCUGACAUGCGUGGUCUUGUGUAGCCACGCCCACUCAUGUCAUGUCAUUGUUUCAAACAAAUUAAACACGAAAAUGCC